AUGGGCACCGGCGUCUGGGGCAGGGGCAGGGGCUGGUUCUGCAGCCGGCAGAUGCUGUUGCUCCUGCUGAGCUGCCGCUUGGCCUCGGCCCCGGUCCCCGCGGCCGCCCAGCUGCGCUACUCGGUCCCGGAGGAACUAGAGCACGGCGCCUUCGUGGCCAACCUCGCCGAGGACCUGGGGCUAGACGUGGCCGAGCUGUCGGCGCGCCGAUUCCGCAUCGUGUCCCGGGCUGGCGCGAGGCAACACCUGGAGGUGAACCUGGAGAACGGGAUCCUCUUCGUCAACGAGAAGAUCGACCGUGAGGAGGUGUGCGAGGCCGGCGGGGCCUGCCUCCUGCACCUGCAGCUGGUGAUCGAGGGUCCGCUGGAGCUGUACCGCGUCGAGGUGGAGGUGCUGGACAUCAACGACAACGCGCCCGCCUUCCCCUGGCAGGAAUACGUGCUGGAGGUGACCGAGUCGGCGCUGCCCGGCGCCCGCUUCCCGCUGGAGAGCGCGCAGGACCCCGACAUGGGCACCAACUCCCUGCGCACCUACCAGCUCAGCCCCAACAGCUUCUUCUCGCUCGAGGUGCAGUCGCGCAGCGACGGCAGCAAGUUCGCGGAGCUGGUGCUGGAGAGAGCCCUAGAUCGCGAGCAGCAGCGCUCGCACCGGGUGCUGCUCACGGCCCUGGACGGCGGCGUCCCGGAGCGCACGGGCACGGCGCGGGUGGUGGUCACGGUGCUGGACGCCAAUGACAACGUGCCCGCCUUCGACCAGGCCUCCUACGGCGUGAGCCUGCCCGAGAACGCGCCUGCUGGCACCCUGGUCAUUCAGCUCAACGCCACAGACCGGGACGAAGGCACGAACGGCGAGAUCGAGUACUCGUUCAGCGGCCACGCGCCGCCUCGCGUGCGGGAGUUGUUCAGCGUGGAGCCGCGCAGCGGGCGGGUGCGCCUCAAGGCGCCGCUGGACUAUGAGCGCGCCAGCCUGCACGAGCUGUACGUGCAGGCCAAGGACCGCGGCCCGGCGGCCGUGGCCGUGCACUGCCGCGUGCUCGUGCGCCUCCUGGACGUCAACGACAACGCGCCCGAGGUGAGCCUCACGUCGGUGUCGGCGCCCGUGCUGGAGGACGCGCCGCCGGGCACCGUGAUCGCCGUCAUCAGCGUCCUGGACCGCGACUCGGGCGCCAACGGGCUGGUGAGCUGCGAGCUGUCCCCAGACGUGCCCUUCCGGCUCCAGGCCUCCUUCCGCAACUACUACGCGCUGGUGACAGCGGAGCCGCUGGACCGCGAGGCCGAGGCUGAGUACAACAUCAGCAUCACGGCGCGGGACGGCGGCUCGCCCGCGCUGCUCACCAGGAAGACGCUGACUGUCCAGGUGUCCGACGUCAACGACAACGCGCCGCGCUUCCUGCAGCCCUCCUACAACGUCUACGUGCUGGAAAACAACGCCCCGGGCGCCUCCAUCUGCUCCGUCAGCGCCCGCGACCCAGACUGCCAGCACAACGCCUACCUGUCUUACUCCCUGGCCGAGGGCCGCAUCCAGGGUAUGCCCGUGGCCACCUACGUGUCCAUCAACUCGGACAGUGGGCACAUGUACGCGCUGCGAUCGCUUGACUACGAGCAGAUCCGCAGCUUCCAGGUGCAGGUGCGGGCGCAGGACGCCGGCUUCCCGCCGCUCAGCGCCAACGUCACCGUCACCGUCUUCGUGCUGGAUCAGAACGACAACGCGCCGGUCAUCGUCUCGCCCCUGCCCCGCAACGGCUCCGUGGCCACCGAGCUGGUGCCGCGCUUCGCGGACCCGGGCUACCUGGUGGCCAGGGUGUCGGCGAUGGACGCGGACGCGGGGCAGAACUCGCGCCUGUCCUACCAGCUGCUCCAGGCCACGGACCCGGGGCUCUUCAGCAUGGCGCUGUACACUGGGGAGCUCCGCACCGCCCGCACCUUCCUGGACCGGGACGCCCCGCGCCAGCGCCUGCUCGUCCUGGUGCGGGACAACGGGCAGCCGCCGCUCUCGGCCUCCGUGUCGUUGCUGGUGGCGGUGGUGGACCCCGAGUCCGCCAAGAGCGACUUCAUGUUCCUCAAGCCCUGUAGCCCACGGCCCGCCCGCAACAACGAGCCGGGCCCCGAGCGCCUCCCGGCGCGGAAGCCGCGGGCGGCCAAGAAUGCGCUUAAUGCCGCCAGCCAGAUCAAACAACCCAAUACAGACUGGCUGCCUCCAAAAACCCAGCUUGCGGCCCUGAAAAGUUCGCAGAGUUUGGAAGACGUAGGCGGGAUCCGAAGGGGAGUCCAGAAGGAGCCCGACAGACUGCGUACGCUGGUCAGCCCGCUCUCUGAUUUCCAGAAGGCCUCGGGGGCCGCCACCAGCGUCUGGGCCCCCAGAUACGGCCCGCUUUACCCGCCCCUGGACUAUCAGCACAACGUUUACAUCCCAGGGACCCCGACUAUGGUGGGCAACAAGGAGGGGCCCCUUUUUUUGGACCAGGAGGACAAGAGCAGCUUCUCCACUUUUGGGAAGAGAAAGAAAAUGAGCACGUAUUGCGACAUACACGACAACGUGAUGAUCAACAAUGACCUCAAGUGA